CAAUGAACCAAAAUGAUAGAAAAAGAAGAUUCAUCAUUGUUUAAUACUACCUUUUUUGGACCAUUACAAGCAAUUUGCAGGGCUUUCAAAGAUGAAUCCAUUCCUGAUAUUUGUAAAUGAAUAAAUAGGAGGGUUGUUGAAGGCCAAAUCUGGUUAUCGUCUUCUUUCAUAGCAGUAGGUUGAAAAUACUACAAUUUCUAGUACUUGGGUAAUAGACGUACCGCUUUAUUAUAUUAGAGAAUGAUGAGAAAAUCAGCUGAUGAUAAAAGUAAUA